AUGGCGAGGAGCAGCCAGCAAGAUGUAGCCCAACUCCGGCGAGAACUGGCCGGCGAGCGCCUCGUGCCGCUUACGCAGCUUGCGGGUGACAGCAACACUGAUGAUGGUAAAGAACGGCAUCAGCUGGUCUGGCAGAAUUUUCGGAUUAAAGAUUGCACCACUGCGAACUCCGUCGUGCUGGGUACAGAGCAUCCCGACUUCAUCGAGGGUUCCGCUGCCGCGGCUGCAAACGCGGCAGAGCUCUUCGAGACCCUGGAGCUGGUGCCUGCCGGUGCUGCAGGUGUCCCCUUAGACCACCUGGCCUCCCUGCAUGGACGCUACUUCGGCGGCGGCUUCGAGGAGACUGUGGGCAAGAGGCUCCGGGAGUUUUGCAUCGAGAGGUUCGAAUACGACGAGCGCCAGCGCCGGGUCAAGGUAGCUCACUUUGAAAGUCGAGCGCGUGAAGACGAGGUGCGGGCCGAGUUUUUUCGCCAGCUGACGCAGGCUGCCGAGGCCGACGCUCUGAAGGAGACGUUGGGUGGCAUUCCCUGGUCGCGCAAGGCCGAUGCGGGGCUGGCGGCGGCUUUGCUCUGUGAAGCUAGGAGUCAAAGGUCUGGCACGGAGUCUGAAUCAUGA